AUGACUUUGUGGGAUGAAAUAUUGCCUAUAUUACAAGGAACACAUAGAGGUAAAUCAGAUGAUGCCAAUUUAUAUCAAUCAAUACCAUUAAUCACACAAGUAGAACAUCCUGUUCUUGGUAUUCCAUUUUACCAAUUGCAUCCAUGUGAAACUGCAAAUCUAAUGAAAGAGGUUUUACAUAUUGAUAUUGAUAAUAAUAAUAAUAAUAAUAAUAAUAUUAUUAUUGAUAAUAAUAAUGAUAAAUAUUUAUCAAGUUGGAUAUCGAUCAUUUCGCCUAUAGUUGGUAUUAAAUUACCAAUGAAUAAAUUGUUUAUUUAA